UCAUUCCAAUAUUCUCCCACAACCAUAACCUUAACCCACCCAUUUACUAAGACUUGUCCAUCAACCAUCAACCAUCAACCAUCAACCAUCAUGCAUCAAGCAAUUCCCUAUAGAUCAUGGCGUCCUCUCCAUAACCCCACCACCCACUUCACCCCACUCCCAUUAAUUACACACUCUUGUGAUAACCAUGAUGAUGUUAAUAAUCUUGAUUCUCCAUCAUCAUCACUUGUUUCAUCAUCCUCAUGGGAGGGGAAAAUGGUGGUGAAGAUGGUUCAUGAGAAGGCGGUUAUAGUGAUUGGGAGGCGCGGGUGCUGCAUGAGCCAUGUGGUCAAACGUUUGCUUCUUGGUCUUGGUGUGAACCCUGCGGUGUACGAGGUGGAGGAGAAGGAUGAGGCUGGUGUUGCCACGCAAUUGGAAGCAACAACGUUAUCACAACAAGGGUUACAGUUUCCUGCGGUUUUUAUUGGGGGUAACUUGUUUGGAGGCUUGGAUAGGAUCAUGGCUACUCAUAUUUCUGGGGAAUUGGUUCCCAUCCUCAAACAAGCUGGGGCUUUGUGGCUAUGACUUUAUCUUCUUCUUCUUCUUCUUCUUUUUAUUCCUAGCUACCUUUCAUGCUCUUUCUUAUUAUUUCUUCAUUUGUAUUUUUACCAAAUGUUUAUUAUACAUGAUUUCUCAUGUGCUCCAUCUUCCCCUUCAUCAAAACAUCAUAUGUAAUCUCAUUUUAUUUUUUUUCAUUUAGAUCCUUUUUGUAAUUUCAGUCAACUUAAAUGAACCUAUUUAGGGGAGUAGUUUUUUUAA